AUGAGCAAUCCCCAUCCCCAUCACCACAUUUCGAAUACCCAAGAUCCGGAUCCCCAAUUUCCCAACCCGAAUGAUGAUCCAAACCCGAAUCACCCUCUUCAGCCCCAAUCCCAUCCCCAACCUCGCCGUCCCCGCGGCUUCGCCGCCACAAGCGCCGCCGCUGCUGGCGCCGGAACCAUAAAUAAGAGCAGAAAAGAGAGAGAGAAGGAGAAGGAACGAACGAAGCUACGAGAACGUCACCGGCGAGCAAUUACGAGCCGAAUGCUUGCUGGACUUCGUCAGUACGGGAAUUUUCCACUUCCUGUUCGUGCUGAUAUGAAUGAUGUCCUUGCUGCACUUGCUCGGCAAGCCGGUUGGACUGUUGAGCCUGAUGGUACCACCUUUAGACAAUCUCCUGCUCCUGCUCCUGCUCCGACUAAUGCUUCAAAUAUGGGGACUUAUCAGGUGAUGUCUGUUGAGAGCCCAGUUUCUGGCAGUUCCUUUAGAAAUUGCUCAACCAGAGCAUCUGUGGACGGUCAGCCAUCAGUUCCAAGGAUCAAUGAGAGUUUAUCGCCUGCAUCUUUUGAUUCUAUUGUGGUCACAGAAAGUGAUACGAAGGUUGAUAAAUUCACAAGUACCAGUCCAAUGAAUUCUACAGGAUGUUUAGAGGCAGGCCAGCUCAUGCAAGAACUUCACUGUGGGGAGCAUGGAAGUAGUUUUGCAGAGACUCAAUACGUCCCUGUUUUUGUAAUGCUUUCUAGUGGUGUAAUCAACAAUUUCUGCCAGUUGAUGGAUCCUGAUGGUGUUAAACAGGAGUUGCAACAGCUUAAGUCCUUAAAAAUCGAUGGUGUUGUGGUAAAUUGCUGGUGGGGCAUCGUUGAAAGUUGGGUACCUCAAAAAUAUGAGUGGUCUGGCUACAGAGAAUUGUUCAAAAUAAUCCGUGAUUUCAAUAUGAAACUGCAGGUUGUAAUGGCAUUUCAUGAAAAUGGAGGAAGUGAUACCAGUGGCAUGUUCAUAUCCCUUCCUCAGUGGGUUCUGGAGAUAGGCAAAGACAAUCAGGAUAUAUUCUUCACAGAUCGUCAAGGAAGAAGGAACACUGAAUGCCUAUCCUGGGGCAUCGACAAAGAACGAGUAUUAAGAGGUAGAACUGCCAUCGAGGUUUACUUUGAUUUGAUGAGAAGCUUCCGCACUGAAUUUGAUGACUUGUUCACUGAUGGUCUAAUUUCUGCUAUUGAAAUUGGACUUGGAGCUUCUGGGGAGCUAAAGUACCCUUCUUUUUCUGAAAGGAUGGGAUGGAGGUAUCCUGGUAUUGGUGAGUUUCAGUGCUAUGAUAAAUAUUCUCUGCAGAAUCUUCGAAAAGCUGCAACAUCAAGGGGACACUCUUUCUGGGCCAAGGGACCUGAUAAUGCUGGUUAUUACAAUUCUAAGCCACAUGAAACUGGAUUCUUCUGUGAGCGAGGUGAUUAUGAUAGCUACUAUGGGAGAUUUUUCCUCCAUUGGUAUAGACAGGUCUUAAUAGAUCAUGCUGAUAGCGUUCUCACCCUGGCAACUCUUGCAUUUGAGGGGAUACAAAUUGUCGUGAAGAUUCCAGCAAUUUAUUGGUGGUACAGAACGAGCAGCCAUGCUGCAGAGCUCACAGCUGGAUAUUACAACCCAACGAACCAGGAUGGCUAUUCUCCAGUGUUUGAAGUUCUCAAAAAGCACUCUGUAACAAUAAAGUUUGUAAGCUCAGGGCUUCAGGUUCCAGAAACUGAUGACGCGUUGGCAGAUCCAGAAGGCUUGAGUUGGCAGAUCAUGAAUUCAGCAUGGGAUAAGGAGAUUAAUGUUGCUGGUCAUAAUGCAUUUCCAUGUUAUGAUAGAGAAGGAUUUAUGAGGCUGGUUGAGACUGCAAAGCCUAGAAAUGAUCCUGAUCGUCACCGUUUCUCUUUUUUUGCAUUUCAACAACCAUCGCCGUUGGUUCAGAGUGCAAUAUGUUUCUCGGAACUGGACUACUUCAUCAAAUGCAUGCAUGGAGAAAUCAACAAUGUGGAAUCUUAAGUCAUCAUAGAAUCUUUGCUUGAAAUGAAGAGGAUUUUUAUUUACUUCAAGACUUUUUCCUUGUACUUAUCCAAAUAUGUGUGUCAAUUUAUGUAAAUUGUAAAUGGAAUUCAGUUGAUUUAUACAUAAAAUUACACUCUAAGUCACCA